GGCGGGGCCUGGGUAGCCUAGGCAACGUCCCGGAAGUGGCGGGCUGCGCGAACCUGUGGCGGGCCGGGCGGCUCUGGCGCCUGGAGGUGGUUUAGUGGCGGCGGAGGCGGCGGUCGGCCGACGGCAAGAUGUCACUUGUCAGAGUGAACCGUUAUGGUCCCCGGGGAGGAGGAAGGAAAGUGCUGAAAGUAAGGAAGAAGAAAACAUCACUGAAGCAAGAAUGGGAUAAUACUGUGAAUGAUCUAACAGUUCAUCGGGCAACUCCUGAAGAUCUGAUACGUCGUCAUGAAAUACACAAAUCAAAGAACAGAGCAUUAGUACACUGGGAACUCCAAGAAAAAGCUUUGAGGAGAAAAUGGAAGAAGCAGAAACCAGAAGUUUCUAAUCUUGAGAGAAGGAGAUUGUCUAUCAUGAAGGAGAUUCUUUCUGAUCAAUACCAGAUGCAGGAUGUUUUGGAAAAAUCUGAUCAUUUGAUUGCUGAAGCAAAAGAUCUGUUUGUUGAUUUUCCCCGUAGGCGCACAGGGUUUCCGAAUGUAACUAUUGCUCCUGAUUCCUCUCAGGGUCCCAUUGUGGUAAAUCAAGACCCUGUCACGCAGGCCAUUCUUAGUGAAUCUGUCAUGGAGCCUCAGGCUCUUAAUGAAGUAGAUGAUGAUGAAGGAGGAACUGUUAAUAGCCAGUCAGAAGAAAGUGAGAAUGAAGCAGAUAACUCUCUAAACUCUCAGUCGAAUAUGAAUGUAGACAGGCUUCUCCACCAACUAAAGGAAGAUAAUUCUGAGUUAAUUAAUAAGCUGUGGACUGAUAUUCAGCAGAAAAUAGCAGCACAGUCACAAACCCCUUCAGGAACUCCAUCACCUGCCCCUCCAUCAGGAGAACAAAAAGCUGCUCUGAAUGCUACUGGUGCUGUCAAGAGAAUCCAUACCAGGGUUCAAUCUGAAGAAUCUACUGCAGCUCUAGACUCAAGCUAUGUUGUCGGACAAGUGCUGAACUCAAGGAAGCAAAAACAGUUGUUAAAUAAAGUGAAAAGAAAACCGGAUUCACAUUCUUCUUCCAAGCAAAAGAAGAACACAUUAACAGCUAGCACAGCCUCUACCGACUUACCAAAUAGCAAUAAUUCCAGCCUGGAUGUCCUCAAACACAUGAUAAAUGAGGUGGAACAUGAAAUGGAAGAAUAUGAACGGUGGACAGGACGUGAGGUCAGGGGACUGCAGAGUAGUCAGGGUCUUACAGGCUUCACUUUGUCACUGGUGGGCUCCCUGUGUCGCCUGGUUCGGUACCUUAAAGAGAGUGAGCUCCAGCUGCGUAAAGAAGUAGAGACAAGGCACCAACUGGAACAAAUGUUAGGUGAUCAUCGAGAGCUCAUUGAUGCUCUUACAGCUGAAAUUCUUUUUCUUAGAGAAGAAAAUACUGCUACCCAGGCAAGACUUCAGCAGUACAUGGUCACAACAGAUGAGCAGCUUAUAUCACUCACACAUGCCAUGAAGAACUGUCCUGUGAUAAAAAGCAACAAAGAAAGUCAGACAUCAGAAAGGGGAUCCACGAGUAGAAAAAUUAUAGAUAAUCUAGAGGGUCCCAUUGUAAAUGCUAAUGUCUCCAUGCCAUUGGUGUUCAGAGGGGAAGAAGUGGCGGAAUUUGCACAGGAAGACUUGCCAGUUAAACUGUCUCAGGUGCCAGCUCCCCCGGACAACGUGACUCUGACUAACAGUUUUCCAGCACAUGUAUUUGAGCCCGCUGUGCUGUUAACACCACCCAGGCAGAAGAGCAGCUCCGGAUUCUCCCCCUUGCAGGACGUAUUAAGGAGAACUGUUCAAACUCGUCCUGCCCCACGAAUUCCUCCAACUGUGGAAAUAAUUGAGAAAGAACAAAAUUGGGAAAAGAACACCUUACCUACUGGCACAGACAAUCAGAAUUCAAACGAAGAGAAUCACCUCUUCACUCAGAGGUGGAGGGUGUCUCACAUGGGGGAAGAUGUGGAGAACAAAGCCCAGGCUCCUUUUGUUAACCUUUCACAGCCCUUCUGCGGUUCCCAUUCAAACACUCAGCAGGCCAGAGUCCCCGAGUUCUCAGAAGAGCCUCCAGUACUAGGAGACAGGCAGCAGCUUAAAACAAAUGAGGCACUAAUACAAAGAAAAGACAUCUUGACACGAAUUGCUGAGUUGACACUGCAGAAUUCAGCUAUCAAGGCACAUCUGAAUAAUAUUAUUGAACCAGGAGGAGAGCAAGGGGAUGGACUUCGGGAACUAAACAAACAAGAGACAAGUCAUGUGAGCAACAUGACUACAACUUUUCCAGCAGCACAACCUCUAAUACCAAGUAGCAUGGAGGAACGGAUUGCAGAAUUGAAUCGGCAGAGUAUGGAGGCUCGUGGAAAACUCUUGCAGUUAAUAGAGCAGCAGAAACUUAUUGGUUUGAAUCUUUCCUCUCCAACAGUAUCACCCAUUCUGUCACCUCUCAGAGCAUGGACUGAAGGAGGAAAGAAGACAAUUGAGGUAUCUAUUCCAGGAGCAGAAGCCCCAGAAAGCUCAAAAUGCAGUACUAUCUCUCCUACCAGUGGGAUAAAUACAAGAAGAUCAUCAGGGGCUACUAGUAAUUCUUGUUCUCCAUUAAACGCCACCACAGGAAGUGGGCGAUUCACACCUGUUAAUCCAAGAGCAAAGAUUGAGAAACAGAACGAAGAAGGCUGGUUUGCUCUUUCUACCCACGUGUCAUAAGUAAAGAUAGUUGUACAGAUUUUAUUUUCAGUAGUAUAUUCUUGAGCUUCCACUCCCUUUUCCCGGCUCCUGCUUUCAAGUUUUCAUGUCCUUUUAGAUAAAACCUGCAAAGUUCUUGUGACUGAGUACUUAAGAAACAAAGAAUAAAGCAACUAUUUAAAUCUUGGAUCUUUUCAAAGAAAUUUCCAACAACUAACAAUGUACAACAUGUUAAUAAAAUUUUGACUAUAGGAAAGUUGAAGUUUUAUAUUUUAAUAACUUCAUAAAUAUUGUAAAAUUUUUCUGAGUAAAACAUUUUUACCUUUGUCAUCUUUUUUCAAGUUUUUUGGUCUAGUAUAUCUUAAAUGAUGGAUUCUAUUUUUUUUCUGAAGAAUUAAGUCGUUUUGCAUAUAACAUAGUAAAAUGGCAUUUAGUCAUUAAAGUCUGGUUUUCAGAAAAAUUUAACAUUCCCUUUGAUUUCAUUUUGGGAGGGAGGUCACUAUUGUCUGUGGCUUUUUCCAUCAAGUGGAAUGUACAGCUUUAAAAAGUAGGUGUGGGAGCAUUUGCUUAUAUUUGCUUAUGCAGUUCAGAGUGGUGUAUAUAUUAUAAAAUUCUUCUAUAGUCUUUAAAUGUGAAAAUGUAAUCAAUAAUGGUAGUAUAUAUCAAAUAAAUAAUGAUCAUAGCUCAUUUCUAAA